GUCCCGGGGCGGGGAAUUGUUACUGGGUUGCACGGAGCGGAAGUGAAGCUGCCGCUAUUAUUGUGUCGUGGCUCUGACGGCGCCGAGGCAGAAGGCGAGUGCAGGCAGCCGACCGUCGGACACCGAGCCCCGGCCCCUCCCGCUGACGCUCUCCGGAUUUUGUAAGACCCGGAUAUGACCUCCUUUUUUGAAUGGAUUUAUAGUGGUUUCACUAAUAGUUUUUGUAGUGCACUUCAGUUUCUAGGACUGUACAAGAAAUCAGGAAAAUUAGUAUUUCUAGGACUGGACAAUGCUGGAAAGACUACACUGUUGCACAUGCUCAAAGAUGAUAGAUUGGCACAGCAUGUGCCAACGCUACAUCCAACCUCGGAAGAGCUGACAAUUGCUGGGAUGACUUUUACUACUUUUGAUCUGGGUGGCCAUGCACAAGCCCGCCGAGUCUGGAAAAACUACCUCCCUGCUAUCAAUGCCAUUGUCUUCCUGGUUGAUUGUGCAGACUUCGAACGUCUGGCAGAAUCUAAAGCAGAGCUUGAUGCACUAAUGACAGAUGAAACUGUUGGAAAUGUGCCUAUUCUCAUCCUUGGUAACAAGAUUGACCGACCUGAGGCAAUCAGUGAAGAAAAGUUCAGAGAGCUGUUCGGACUGUACGGGCAGACAACAGGAAAGGGAAAUAUUUCCAUGAAGGAGCUUAAUGCACGACCACUAGAAGUCUUCAUGUGCAGUGUCCUAAAGAGACAAGGUUAUGGAGAAGGUUUCCGUUGGCUAGCCCAGUACAUAGACUGAAGCUGAUUUUUGAGAAGGAGAUCAGUCAGAGACUGAAGACUCAUCUACCACCAUACAACAACUUGAACCUAAUAGACAUUUUCUGGAUAUAUGUUUGGUUAUAAAGUUUGAUGUUUUUCUAGAAGAAUAUCAAUAACAUUGGCUAUGCUUAAAAAAAAUCAUCUGUAUGUACGAAGCCUCAAAGAAAAGUUCUUAAACAAUUUGUAUGUUUGAAGUUACAAUAUGAUAACACUCUAAUUUCAGUGGAUAAGAUACUUGUUUCCUUAUUUGAUUUAUUACAUUAACCAAACCAUCAAUCUGUACAGUUUUGGACAGAGUGUGUACUUAGACAAAAAUAGCCUCUGAAUGCACUUUUUAACAGGAAAGCAACGUACAUGUGAGCGGUAUUUAAUGAUCAUGUAAAAUUUUUUAUGUACUAUUUUUGAAAUUGUUUGGUUCAAUAAAUUUAGAUCGUGUAACCAC